CAGUAACAAGCAACAAGCCUCAAAUCGUGUGUAUAAAAUUUGGAAGGGUGAAAUAUUGGCAAAUUUGGGACAGUUUGCCGUUGUAAACGGCCAUGGAAUCGUUCUUUGAAGUGGGCAGUCGCGUUUGGGUCUUAGACAACAAGGAAUGGUUGCCCUCUGUGGUAGAGACAGUACAAGAUGGGAAAGUGACAUUUCGAACCGAAUAUGGCAAGGCGAUCACCAAGGAUCACAGCUCGCUUUCCCGAGAAAAUGCGUCUAUCAUGCACAGCAGCAGCGUGGAAGGUGUGGAGGACAUGGCACAUUUGGAGGAUCUUCAUGAAGCUGGGAUAUUACAUAACCUUCAUGUCAGAUACAAGAAGGAUCAAAUAUACACAUACAUUGGCUCCAUUUUGUCAGCCGUUAAUCCAUACCGGCAAAUUAAAGAUUUUUACACGACAGAUAUCAUGAAAGAAUACAGCAAAUGUCAUUUGGGAGAGAAGCCACCGCAUAUCUUUGCAAUCGCUAACGAAUGUUAUUAUUCAAUGAUCAAGAAAGGACAGAGUCAGUGCGUUCUGAUAAGUGGUGAAUCUGGUGCAGGAAAGACAGAAUCCACGAAAUUUAUGUUGAAUUAUUUAUCAGAACUCAGUUCUUCAGUGCAAGGUGGAGGAGAGGUCGAUAAUACGUUGAAUGUAGAGGAUGCCAUCCUUAAAAGCAGCCCUAUACUGGAAGCCUUCGGAAACGCCAAGACUGUCUAUAACAACAAUUCCAGUAGAUUCGGAAAAUUUGUUCAGUUGUUUUUUAACGAGAGAGGAAGAAUCGUUGGUGGUAAAAUAUCGGACUUUCUGUUAGAAAAGAAUCGUUUAGCAAGGCAAAAUCCAGAUGAAAGAAAUUAUCACAUAUUUUACGCCUUACUUGCUGGCGUCUCGGAGAAUGAAAAAAAUGAGCUCCGUCUGUUGCCUGCUGAGAAGUAUCAUUAUCUUAAUCAAAGUGGAUGUAUCAACGACCCAUCGAUUGACGACAAGAAUGACUUCUUCAGGGUUCUGGAAGCGAUGAGAGUAAUGAGGUUUAAAGAUGAAAACAUUUCGGACGUUCUUCAGGUUUUAGCCGGUAUCCUUAACUUGGGAAACGUGACCUUUAUUUCAGGAAAUGGCGCUCAGAUCAAUGAAAAAUUUGUUUUGGAAGACAUCGCAGCUUUACUACAGUUGGAUAUUUAUGAUCUCGAGGAUGCACUGACCCAGAAGUCGAUGGUUUUGAGAGGAGAAGAGAUAAAAUCACCUUUAACAGUGUCCCAGGCUGAAGAUUCACGAGACGCUAUGUCGAUGGCACUUUACGCCUGCACCUUCAAAUGGAUCAUAGAACGAAUUAACGCCCGCAUUAAAGGAAGUAGUAACUACGCCUCCAUUGGAAUUCUUGAUAUUUUUGGUUUUGAGAAUUUUGAGACCAACCGAUUCGAACAGUUCAACAUCAACUAUGCAAAUGAGAAACUUCAACAGUUCUUUAACAAACACAUAUUUUCACUGGAGCAACAUGAAUACAAUAGGGAAGGACUGGAGUGGGCUGAUAUUGACUGGGUUGACAACGGAGAAUGCUUGGAUUUGAUUGAAAAGAAAGUUGGUGUUCUGUCGUUAUUUGACGAAGAGAGCCGUUUUCCGAAAGGAACCGAUGCGUCUUUGUUGGAGAAAUUACAUAACAGUCACGAGGGGAACAAGUUUUACUUAAAGCCAAAAGUUGCUAAUAAGAAAUUUGGUAUCAGGCAUUAUGCCGGAGAUGUUCACUAUACUACCUCUGGAUUUUUAGAGAAAAACAGAGACACGUUUAGAGACGAUUUAUUAAACAUACUUCAAAACAGCAGAUCUGACUUUGUGUACGACUUAGUUGAACAUAUGAAACCAACACCUGGGGCUAACAGUAAAUCCGCUAAACGGCGACCGACCGUCAGUUCUCAGUUUCGGACUUCACUGACAUCAUUGAUGACUACUCUCAGUCAGGCUCAUCCUUAUUUUGUGAGAUGUAUCAAACCCAAUGGAUCGAAGCUGCCUGAUAAAUUUGAUCCAAAAUUGGUUCUUGAUCAGUUGAGGUAUUCGGGCAUGUUGGAAACUGUUAGAAUACGUCGGGCUGGAUAUCCUGUUCGAAUUCUAUACGCUGAGUUUGCCUUUAGCUACAAAGUUUUACUGAGAGGAAAGCCAAUCAGCGGUGAUCCAAAACAAGAUGGUUCUCUCUUGCUGGACGAGAUAGAACCAACUAGAAAAAAGUGGAAAUUGGGGAAAACAAAGAUGUUUUUAAAGGACGAGCUGGAGAUUUUGCUUGACAAAAGACGCGAUAAAGAGUUACGCGAGGUUGCUAAAGUUAUUAAAAGAUGUAUUAUUGGUUAUCUUGCUCGAAAACGGUUCUUGGAAAAGCGAGCUGCUAUUUUACUUAUACAGAAAGUUUACAAGGGGCACUUUUAUCACAACAAGUUCUUAAGGAUGAGACAGGCAGCCAUUAUACUCCAAAAGUACGAACGCGGCCGAGCCGCUCGACAAUUGUUGAAGAUGCUAUUGGAAGAGAAGAGAAUAGAAGAAGAGAGGAUUAGAGAGGAACAGAGGAGAAGAGAGGAAGAGCAGAGAAGAGAAAUGGAGAGGUUGGAACAGGAAAGAAGGAUGGCAGAAUUAGAAGAAUUAAGAAGAAAGGCAGAAGAGGAGGCUCGAAGAAAGAGAGAAGAAGAAGAAGAAAGACUACGAAAAGAAGAGGAACAGAAGCAAGCCAUGUUGGCAAAGGCAAGGGAGAUUGAAGAAGCGAGGAGAAUUGAAGAGGCGAGGAAGGCUGAAGAAGAGGCUAAACGUAGACAGGAGGAGGAAGAGCGGCUUAGAAUUGAAGAGGAGGAAAGGCUCAAAGCUGAGGAAGAGCAAAGACGAAUACAAGAAGAGGCUGAAGAGGACGCGAUAUCACAAUUGGACAAUGCAUUGAAGCAGACAGAAGAAUUGAGCGACGAUGAAGAAGAAGACGACGAAGCCUUCAUCGAACGUUCACCAAGUAUUGUUGAUAGAUCAUUGGAAUUACCAUACAAGCAAAGUUAUCUCACUAUGAAAGAAGGUGGUCUUUUGAAUCUGUGGAAGAGACAUUGGUGUAUCUUACGAGAUGAGACACUUAUGUGGUUCCGUGGGAAAUUGGAAGCGUUGAAAGCCGGUUGGCUGCUGAAGAAAGGUGGUGGCACUGGAACAUUAUCAAGACGAAAUUGGAAGAGGCGAUGGUUUGUAUUGAAAGAUACAAUACUGACUUAUCACGAAAAUGACGCUGAAGGAGCAAAAGUACUGGGUAGCGUCGACCUGAAGAAUUGCCAGAGAAUUUUGGACAGCGGGGAAAAAGAAAAUGCGUUCAGUAUUGUGACUGAUGGAAGGACGUACCAUGUUAUUGCUGAGUCAGCGCAUGACUGGAACCAAUGGUUUAAUAUCCUAAACCGAGUUCAUAGAGCAUCCGAACACGAACUUCGUGAUAUGAAAGAAGAAUCGGCCAACAUCAAACAUGCGAUUGGCACUAUUGAUGUUCCACUUAUUGAAUCAUGUACUCUUGGGGGUGUACCAGGGAAGCCAAAUUCAUUUACAAUCAUAACAGCAAAUCGCUUACUAAGUUUCUGUGCUGAUACUGCAGAAGAAGCAGACGGCUGGGUUGAUGCAAUUCAAAAGACGAAAGAAAGGGAGGCUGAAGAAGGAUUAGCUGACGUCAUUGAACAAGGAUGGCUUGUCAAAGAAGGACCAAACGAUUCCAGACGAAAGAGGUGGUUUGUUCUAACUGGAAACUCUUUGGAUUACUUCAAAUCCUACGUAAAAGGCAGUCCCAGAUUCGGUUCGAUCAUUUUGAACAGCCUUUGUUCAGUGAUUCCACCAAGUUCCCAGGAUGACUCAAAAGACGGAGACUUAAUCAUAUUCACUGUGAAUGGAAGAAAACGUUCUUAUGUCAUUCAUGCAAAAUCUUUCGAAGAAGCCACAAAAUGGACAUCGGCUAUACAAGACGUGAUCGAUUCCAAACUGCCCAUUGACACUCCAUUUGCAAAACUUAUGGUGGAAGUGAAGAAUGCCCACGACAGCAAAGAAGUAGACAACUUAUACCAGAGGAAUCCAAUCUUGCGAUACACAAAAUUGGCUUUACGAGCGCCGCUGCUGGCAUUGCCUUAUGGUCAUUCAACUUCAAUAAGAGCAAAAGACAAAGGUUAUGGGACAUUCCACGAGGAAGCUAUCAGAAUAUUUUCAUCGUUGCAAGAGCAAGAAUCCGUUGCUGACCCAAUACCAGUCAUACAGGGCAUCUUACAAACGUGUCAUGACUUAAAGCCACUGCGUGAUGAAGUUUUCUGUCAGUUAUUGAAGCAAACAACAAGUGUUCCAAAUAUUGAUUCGAUUGGGAAUUUGAAGAACUGGCAAGUUCUUGUGUGCAUGUGUUGUACGUUCAUACCUUCAAGGAAAAUUCUCCGAUAUCUGAGAUCACACCUGCGACGAAGUCGAGAUCAGUAUCCUGACACAGAAAUGGCCAAAUUUGCAACAUUCUGCUUGGAAUGCAUUAAGAGAACUCGUCCAAGAGAGUUUCCCCCCUCUAGAGCUGAAAUAAUUGCUUGUCUGGGUCGUCGUGAUCUGGCGACUAUUGUGUACACUUUUGGCGAAGGAGCCUAUUGUAAAAUUGAGAUCAAUUCUGCCACGACUGCUGGAGCUGUUGUACGCCAAUUAUGCAAAGGACUUAACAUCACACAAGAUGACAACUUGUUUGGUCUGUUCGAAAAAUGUGGCACCGUAGAAAAACACAUUGAAGGACGGACGGUUGUCGCUGACGUGCUUGCCAAAUUUGAAAGGUACAAAGCACUGCGUCUUCACGAAAAAGGACAAAGAUGGCAAUUGUUCUUCAAAAUCUUCUGUUUUCUCAAUCCUUCUGAAGUCGCGACUGAUUCGGUGGAAGGCAUGUUCCUAUUUGAGCAGUUUUGUGAAAAUGUCGCGCAAGGGAGGUUUCCUGCUGCUGAAAACAUUCUGUGUCGUUUAGCUUCAUUACGUUUGCAGUAUACAAAAGGAGACUACGAAGCAGGAGCUUGGGUCGAUAACAUGUCGUCAGUAUUUCCUGUCGAAAAGAUUAAAAGACUCAGAGAUAGAAGUGUAUCGAAAGCAAGCAGCCUGGGUCGUGAAAAAGUUUCCGGGACUCUCAUGGGAUCAAUCAGGAAAGUUGUAUCACCACUUGUUAGUCGAGGUUUAAGCGAAGAACAAGAGGAAAAAGCUAUCGAAGAAGCUGAACAAAAAGCGGAGUCAUCAUUUAUAAAGAGUUCCAUUUGUGAUUACUGGAAAGGAAACAAGGGAAUGACAUGUCAAGAAGCUCAAGAACAAUACAUUGAAAUCUUACAGAAGUGGCCUGGUUAUACCUCAACCUUGUUUGAUGUAAAGUCAACAAAUGCCAACUUCCCUCCGGAACUAUGGCUUGGAGUCAGUCUAGAUGGAAUCGCGAUUUAUAAACGAUACGAAUCCAGAGCAAUAAUGACGUGUGAAUAUGAAUACAUCUUGACAUUCGGUGCUCCAAAAGGCAACGUGUACAAAAUUGUUGCUGAGGAAAAAGGGGAAAUGGUAUUUGAAACAAGUCAGGUGGUGGAAAUAGCAAAGCUGAUGAAAGCGUACAUCAACGAAAUUGUGCGAAGGCGCACCAGGCAGCAACAGCAAUUGAAAGGAUAAAAUUUAAACUACAAUGGCCUCGUGUAUCCGUGAACUGCCGCUCGAUUUCAUAAUCUUUGCUUAACUAUACAACUAGAUCGUUUACGGUGUUUUUUGCAUAUCUGUCUAAAAACACUACUAGCUUUAUAACUUUUAAUGUUAGCUAUACAUAUGCUACUAUAUAUGCCGAAUUAUUAGUCCACAUAAUGGUGUUUUGAAAACCUCGGUUCGUAGGUUACUAAAUGCGACAUAUGCUACUGCACAAGAUAUUUUGUUGACGAAUUCGUUUUGGAAAAUUAUCUGAAAAUAAUCUGAAAUUAGUAUCACCUUCAAUACACCCAGUAAUGUGGUUUCACUAAGAUUAUGCACAAAUAUAGGGUGAUGCAUCGCAAUAGGCGCACUUACUGAGUUACUGUUAUCUUCCUUCUCUAUUAAUGAUACGACAAUUUUCGUGCGUUCACGAUGUAAUUAGAAGUACGCAAAUUGCAGGAAAAUUAUUUAUUAUCGUAACGACAAUGUAGUGUUCUUACUUCAUAUGUUUUCACGCAGGUACCAUGAUAAUUCUUGCAUGUCGUUAUACCUAAGAGUAUAAUCAUAACAUUUUUGAACGAUAAACUUUUUUCUUCCGACAAGAAUUAAUUAUUGCGGACUAAAUUGUUUUAGAAAUGUGUAUUAAAAUAUUUUAGAAUUUGACGAAUUGUAACUUAACUAAUAUGUAACUGCAAUAGAUUUUUAUAAGAUCA